CGCAGCGAGGCGUAGAGCCGGCCCGGCCGCCAUGCCCAAGUACUACGAGGAGAAGGAGGAGGACGGGCGGGCCUGCGGGGGGGUGCGGGAGGACCUGCGGCAGUGCCUGCUGGACAGCCCCUGCGUCCUGCAGGAGAACAAAAGCCCUAAACAAUGCCUGAGGGAAGGACACUGUAGGAGUUUGCAAAUGACGUUUUUUGCAUGCAAAAGAUCGAUGUUGGAUACCAGAGCAAGAUUCAGAGGAAGGAAGGGGUACUGAAGUCCUCGUGGAGACUCAGCCAUGGGAAGUCAGGGUUCAUCAGCACUUUAAGCAAAACGGAGACUAAAGUAAGAAGAUUGUAUCUGCUGCAUCCUUUCAUGCAGUUUUUUUGUGGAAGGUGUCUACUAUAUCUGCUCCUGAGUAUUCCAAUAGAUUGACCUGGAUAUGCAUUUAAAUGUUAAAAAGAUGAGCAUAAACUGCAAGUUCUGGCCAAAAUGGAUAUUUGUCAUGCACUUGCAAUAAAAUACAUAAAAUCCAGAAUAAGCUGCAGAAGGUUUUUGAAGUGAAGUUGCCUUUUGUGAUUCUACUAAUUCUGAUCAUGUUUUAAUAUUACAAAUAAUACAAGACACAGAAGUGGGAGUUUACUUGACUGGUAUCCCAGAGGGUACCUCAGGAUUUUUCAGAGGUGAGGAGUUGACCAAGGUUGUGAAAUCUCUGUGCAAGCUGCUUCCUCCCCAGUAGGUUUGUUACCCAAUAAACCUGCAGUAGUAGGAGUGGUGAUGUUUUUGCAGUCCCACAUAUACAAGGCUGGCGUCUCUUUCCUUUUACUACAGAUUCCAUGUAAUGUGAUGAUUGAUGUACAUGGUUAUUAGUACAGUCUAGGCUUGUUGGACAUCUAGAUUAAAAUUUGGUUACUCUAAA